AAAGGUAGAUCUGGUGGAAGCAAACUUGCCCCAAAGGCGAACGAAAGACGGAUUCGACCCCAAGGCUUACAAAUUGAUGGCGAAAGCAGGUUAUGACUUCACAGCUCACACCGAGUUUAAAAGCUUGGAAAUUCAUGACCGACCUGAGCUCUCCUCAACUCAAAAGAAGCUUCUACGGGAAGGACAUUCUAUACCCGUGUCGAGAAAAGGACUCGGAUACAAGUCGCCAGAACCGAUCCGUAUAACUAAAAAGGGGAAGGAAAAAGUGGUUGACAUCAAUCAUAUAACUAUAGAGGAGGAUGACAAUACUGACGUAAAAGAAGGUGAUAAUCAGAGAAUCUCAGUAUUUGAUCGAAUUAGACCAUCUGUUGCACGUCCCGUAGUAUUUGAAAGGCUAAGCAUGACAGAGGCAGAAAGAGAAAGGCUCCAGUCAGUACCAAACCUUGAGAGACAUUCGGUCUUUCGAAGGCUAACUACGACUCCCAUAAAGGAAGAAAGCACAUGCCAUGCCUUGACAACUACAAGACCAUCAGCCUUUGAAAGGCUAGGUGUGUCUAAAAAGAAAAAUGUACAAGCACCCCGUGCUCCGAUUUUUAAUCAUCUCGGGGAUAAAGGAUCACACGACAACAUUGAUUCCAACAUAGAUACAAAGAAGAAGGAACCAAUGUCUCGUGUGAAAGUUUGGCGUCGAAUUAAGCAUACAGAUGUCGAUAAUUAUCGUAGUAAGAAGUUUCCUUGCGAGACAAAGGAAAAUGGAGAAAUUCAUAGCAACGUUCCUUCUCGCAUGAAAAGAAAAACUUUUGUUACUCUCAAUACAAGUCAAGGUUCGUUAAAGGUAAAAAGACAUGAUGUUAUACUAACGAAUCCUGAAAAAGAAGGGUCGGAACAAGGGGAAGGUGAAACUUCAUGUCAUCACAUCACCAUUAUUGAGGAAUCAGAGACUGGAACUCAUGAAGAAGACGCAGAAAAUGCCCCACAAAGUUUAGAGGAUGGUGGUCAAUCUACUGUAGACGAGCUAAAAGAGGUGAACCUUGGUACAAUAGAGGAACCACGUCCGACUUUCAUUAGUGCGUCCCUCUCUAAUGAAGAGGUGGAUAAAUAUAUGAGUUUGCUCACCGAAUACAGGGACAUCUUUGCGUGGUCGUACAAGGAGAUGCCAGGACUUGACCCAAAAGUAGCAGUCCAUCAUCUUGCAAUUAAACCUGGAUAUCGACCGAUUAAACAAGCACAACGACGUUUUCGACCGGAGCUUAUCCCUCAAAUCGAGGUGGAAGUCAACAAGUUGAUCGAAGCAGGAUUCAUUCGCGAGGUCAAAUAUCCAACGUGGAUAGCAAACAUUGUCCCUGUUAGAAAAAAAAAUGGACAACUUCGCGUUUGUGUAGACUUUCGCGAUCUGAAUAAUGCAUGCCCUAAAGAUGAUUUUCCCUUGCCCAUCACCGAAAUCAUGGUUGAUGCAACUACUGGACACGAGGCGUUGUCGUUUAUGGAUGGGUCGUCUGGAUAUAAUCAAAUACGGAUGGCCCUCUCAGAUGAAGAAAUGACAGCUUUCAGAACUCCAAAGGGAAUAUACUGUUACAAGGUGAUGCCCUUUGGAUUGAAAAAUGUCGGCGCUACUUAUCAACGUGCCAUGCAGAAAGUGUUUGAUGAUAUGUUGCACAGGUAUGUUGAAUGUUAUGUUGAUGAUCUUGUAGUCAAAACAAAGAGACGACAAGACCAUUUGAAGGAUCUAAAAGUCGUGUUUGAUCGCUUGCGAAAAUAUCAGCUAAGGAUGAACCCUCUCAAGUGUGCGUUUGGUGUAACUUCAGGAAAAUUUCUUGGCUUCAUUGUAAGGCAUCGAGGGAUCGAAAUAGACCAGUCCAAGAUUGAUGCCAUUCAGAAGAUGUCAAGACCUAAAAGUUUGCAUGACCUAAGAAGUCUCCAAGGACGACUGGCUUACAUCCGAAGGUUCAUCUCUAACUUGGCCGGUCGGUGUCAACCUUUUCAAAAGUUGAUGAGAAAAGGAGAAAAUUUUGUGUGGGAUGAAGCUUGUCAGAACGCUUUUGAUAGCAUAAAGAAAUACUUGCUUACUCCCCCAGUGCUGGGAGCUCCAGUACCUGACAAACCACUAAUAUUGUACAUUGCUGCACAAGAAAGGUCCUUAGGAGCAUUACUGGCACAAGAAGAGGUAAAGGGAAAGGAGCGUUCUCUCUACUAUCUAAGCAGAACAUUAAUUGGGGCUGAAGUUAACUAUUCUCCUAUCGAAAAGAUGUGUCUUGCACUUUUCUUUGCCAUUGAUAAGUUGAGGCAUUAUAUGCAGGCCUUCACGGUUCAUCUAGUGGCAAAAGCAGACCCUAUAAAGUAUGUUCUAUCCAGGCCAAUCAUCGCUGGACGCUUAGCCAAAUGGGCGGUUCUACUCCAACAAUAUGACAUUGUCUAUAUUCCCCAAAAGGCGAUAAAAGGACAAGCGCUAGCAGACUUUUUAGCAGACCACCCAAUUCCUUCGGAUUGGAAGUUAUGUGAUGACCUACCAGACGAUGAGGUUUUCUUCACAGAAGUUAUGGAACCUUGGACUAUGUACUUCGAUGGUGCAGCUCGAAGAAGUGGUGCGGGGGCAGGCAUUGUCCUCAUUUCUCCUGAGAAGCAUAUGUUGCCUUAUAGCUUUGCACUUUCCGAAUUGUGUUCAAACAAUGUGGCUGAAUAUCAGGCUUUGAUAAUUGGCCUUCAAAUAGCAUUAGAAAUCGGAGUGUCAUUCAUAGAGGUCUAUGGUGAUUCAAAAUUGAUAAUCAAUCAACUCUCGCUUCAAUAUGACGUGAAACAUGAAGACUUGAAGCCAUAUUUUGCUUAUGCUCGACAAUUGAUGGAAAAGUUUGAUAAUGUGAUGUUAGAACAUGUCCCUAGAGUAGAAAAUAAGAGAGCGGAUGCAUUGGCAAAUUUAGCCACGGCCUUGACCAUGCCAGAUGAUGUAACUCUGAACAUACCACUUUGUCAACGAUGGAUUAUACCCCCAGUUAGGCCUGAAUGUCAGGAAGUGAACAUGGCAACAUCCUAUUUGAUUGAUGAAGAAGAUUGGCGUCAACCCAUCAUAGAGUAUCUUGAACAUGGAAAGCUUCCAAAGGAUUCUCGUCAUAAAAUUGAGAUACGAAGAAGGGCAGCACACUUCAUUUAUUACAAGGGAACUUUAUAUCGCCGUUCUCUUGAAGGGCUCUUCCUUCGAUGUCUCGGAAAGGAAGAUUCGGUAAAAGCUCUAAAGGAAGUACAUGCAGGUGUUUGUGGAGCACAUCAAUCGGGACCAAAGCUUCAAUUCCAGCUAAGAAGAAUGGGCUACUACUGGCCUAAGAUGAUCCAAGAUUCAAUAGACUAUGUGAAGAAGUGUGAGCCUUGUCAAUACCAUGCAAACUUCAUACACCAACCUCCAGAACCUCUUCAUCCAACUGUGGCUUCUUGGCCUUUUGAGGCUUGGGGACUCGAUCUGGUUGGCCCCAUUACACCAAAAUCAUCAGCAGGACAUUCUUAUAUCCUAGCAGCAACAGACUAUUUUUCAAUGGGCUGA